CUGGGCAUCCGGGCGAUGUUGCGGCGCGGAGCUGAGAGGCCAGGCGCGGGCUAGGCCUGGGGGAGGACGGGUCACAGGACCCGGGUGAGGGUUCCACACCUGGCCUUCGGUGGGGGUCAAGACGCAGGCACUUACGCCAAAGGAGGGCAAAGCCGGGCUCGGCCCGAGACCCCCAGGACCACCAUCCCCCAAUGCCGGAGCUUCCAGGUGAUGCUGAUGAAGCUGGUUCGUGAACUGCCCUCUGAAUAGCAUGAUGUAGAGGAUUUUACAAACUAGUAGCGGGUGGCUGCAGGCUGGAGACAAAGUUCAGGCUAACUGCCUGGCAACUUGGGGUGGUCUCCGCCCACUUGCUCGCUGAGGUUCCCUCCCAGGAAUCCACCACGUGACGACGGUCGGACCACCGUCCCUGACUGGAAGAGCUCUGAAAGCGUCAUGGCUCCGAAGAAGCCGCUCUGCCUUCCCUCCCUACUGCUGCCACUCCUGACGCUGCUGCUGCUGCCCCAGGCAGAUUCUCGGUCGUUCGUAGUGGAUCGGGAUCAUGACAGAUUCCUCCUGGACGGGGCCCCGUUCCGCUACGUGUCUGGCAGCCUGCACUACUUUCGGGUACCGCGGGUGCUUUGGGCGGAUCGGCUUUUCAAGAUGCGAAUGAGUGGCCUCAACGCUAUACAGUUUUAUGUGCCCUGGAACUACCAUGAGCCAGAGCCUGGGGUUUAUAACUUUAAUGGCAGCCGCGACCUCUUUGCAUUUCUGAGAGAAGCAACUUUAGCGAAUCUGUUGGUCAUACUGAGACCAGGACCUUACAUCUGUGCAGAGUGGGACAUGGGGGGUAUCCCAGCCUGGUUGCUUCGAAAUCCUAAAAUUCACCUGAGAACCUCAGAUCCAGACUUCCUUGCCGCAGUGGACUCCUGGUUCAAGGUCUUGCUGCCCAAGAUAUAUCCAUGGCUCUACCACAAUGGGGGCAACAUCAUUAGCAUUCAGGUGGAGAAUGAAUAUGGUAGCUACAGAGCCUGCGACAUGAACUACAUGAGGCACUUGGCUGGGCUCUUCCGUGCACUCCUUGGAGACAAGAUCUUGCUCUUCACCACAGAUGGGCCUGAAGGACUCAAAUGUGGUUCCCUUCAGGGACUCUAUACCACUGUAGAUUUUGGUCCAGCUGACAACAUGACCAAAACCUUUGCCCUGCUUCGGAAGUAUGAACCCCAUGGGCCACUGGUGAACUCUGAGUACUACACAGGCUGGCUGGAUUACUGGGGCCAGAACCACUCCACACGCUCCAUUCCAGCGGUAACCAAAGGACUAGAGAACAUGCUCAAGUUGGGAGCCAGUGUGAACAUGUACAUGUUCCAUGGAGGUACCAACUUUGGAUACUGGAAUGGUGCUGAUGAGAAGGGACGCUUUCUUCCAAUUACUACCAGCUAUGACUACGAUGCACCCAUAUCUGAAUCAGGAGACCCGACACCUAAGCUUUUUGCUAUACGAAAUGUCAUCAGCAAGUUCCAGGAAAUUCCCUUGGGACCUUUACCUCCCCCCAGCCCCAAGAUGAUGCUUGGACCUCUGACCCUACAGCUGGAUGGGGAUUUGCUGGCUUUCCUAGACCUCCUAUGCCCCCAAGGGCCCAUCCGUUCAAUCUUGCCAAUGACCUUUGAGGCUGUCAGGCAGGACCAUGGCUUUAUGUUGUACCGUACCUAUCUGAUCCACACUGUUUCUAAGCCAACACAAUUCUGGGUGCCAAACAAUGGAGUUCAUGACCGUGCCUACGUGAUGGUGGAUGGGGUGUUUCAGGGUGUUUUGGAGCGAAAUAUGAAACGCAACCUAUUUCUGACGGGGAAAAUGGGGGCCAAACUGGAUGUCUUGCUGGAGAACAUGGGGAGGCUCAGUUUUGGGUCUAACAGCAGUGACUUCAAGGGCCUAUUAGAGCCACCAAUUCUGGGGCAAACAGUCCUUACCCAGUGGCUGAUGUUCCCUCUGAAGAUUGAUAAUCUUAUAAAGCGGUGGUUUCCCAUCCAGUUGCUGAAAAGCUCACAUCCUCAAACUCCCUCUGGCCCCACCUUCUACUCUACAGUCUUUCCAAUUUUUGGUUCAAGCAGGGACACAUUCCUCUUUCUACCAGGAUGGACCAAGGGCCAAGUCUGGAUCAAUGGGUUUAAUUUGGGCCGCUACUGGACAAAGCGGGGACCACAACAGACCCUCUAUGUGCCAAGACCUCUGCUGUUUCCUAGGGGAGCCCUCAACAAAAUCACGUUACUAGAGCUAGAAAAUGUGCCUCCCCAUCCCCAAAUCCAAUUCCUGGAUAGGCCUAUCCUCAACAACACUUUGCAUAAGACAUACAUCUAUUCUCUCUCAGCUGAUGUACAAAGUACUUCUGAACCAAUGGAGUUAAGUGGGCACUGAAAGGUAACCCUUGUCCCUGGGACAUGAAGUGGGCAGGAUCCCUUGGUGCUAGCCACGGUGACCAUAAGGAACCAAAGGCCACAAGCCUGAAUGUAAGUACAAGUGCAGUUUCCUUGCCAAACUUUAUUGUGAUUAUAAAGUUUCAGAGACAGCACCAGCUCCACAUA